UGCGGUCAAGUUGGAAAAAAGAUUUCGGUGCCAGCAAAUAUACGAGUAUACGUUUAAUUUAUUGAAAAAUAAGUUAAAAGUUUAUGUGAGAAUGUUGUGCGCGUGCAAAAGCGUUCAAAAAUACUAAACACUUCAAUUUUAUGUCCGUGUGUGUGAGAUUCUUAAAAGUUGCAAAAAUGUAAAAAUUCAAUUUGAAAAUGUCAAAAAACAAAGUGUUGCCAAUUGGUAUGUGUCACACUAUACUGUUCGCUAACUCAUAAACCUAAAAUGCAAAUCCAUCAUUUGGUUGUCACCAAAAUUAUCGGUUUCUCUACCGCUGAUCAGCAAAAGUGUCAAAUUGGAAUACGUCGGCUUCAAUCUUUAGUUUGAAUUUUCCCGCACCAACAAAUGUCAGUUGGAUAGUGCAGAACAAGCAUCGAUCAGCGUUUGCACGUGCAAAAGGGAAUGGGACCUAAAAAGCGUCUCAUAACAGCAGCUGCCGCCGCCGCUGGCGCCACUACCACAGAGCGUCAGCAACGCUCGUCGAGCAAUCCAGUCGCAUCGGCGAAAAAACGUCCUACACCGGGCAAAGCACACAGUUCGCCAGUGGCGCGUAAACCGAUUGCCGUUGUCAGCAACACGACGACGGUGAAGCGUAGUACGCACGGUCGGACGCCGUCCCCAGCCAAGAAACAGCAAACAGUGGUCAGUAAAGAGCACGAAAAAGUUAAGGAGGCCGAGAAAGAUAAUAAGUUAGAGAAAACGGAAAUUGAAAGCAAAGUGUCCGAAAAUCUUGACACGAAUCAAGGCGAAGUGGUCAAAGAUAUUAGCAACGUUGAAGGUGCCGAAGAAAGCUUAGCAAAGGAUCAACUGAAAAUUAAGCUCGAACAACCUGAAGAUUCAGCUAGAAAUGUUGAGCAUUCAAUAAAGUCUGCGAAGCGUACGCCCUCUCGAGAGAAUGUGAAAAAAUCGAACACUUCCGAGACGAAAGAAAAGUCUUCCUACACCACAAACAAAAAGGUGGAGUCGGAGAAGCAAAAGGCUGAUUCAGAACCACCAAGCACAUCCGCCACUUCCGCCAAUAGCAACAAAAGCAAGGUGGAGGAUCGCAAAGAUGGGAAAAACAAAGCAAUAAGUAAAAUGCUCAAGAGUCUUGAUAUACAAAUAAGCGGUUUCGAUAAUAUACUGCCAAGCGAGGAACGCAUACAAGAUACGCUAAAGUCUUCGAUAUCAGAGAACGUGAAAACGAAGUCGCGUGCAGCUGCGGUUAAAGUGAUAGCUAACUUAAAUCCGCCAAAAUCGAACAUAGCGCGUAUUAAAGCUCGACAGGAGGAAGAUAAAAAGGAGAAGGCUAAAGAAAAGGAAAAGGAUAAAGACAAAGAUAAGGAGAAGGAUAAAGAUAAAUAUAAAGAAAAGGGGAAAGACAAGAGUAAAGAGAAAGAAAAGGAAAAAGCGGAAGAAAACCAUUCAAAGUGCAAAGAAACAGAAAAAAUAAUUGAAGCCGCAGAAGUUCCAUACAUUAGACUCUGUCAAAGAAGAUACUACGAAGAACAGCGAAUCUCAAGCGGCUCCCAGUGA